UUUUUAGAACAUACCCAAAAACAAUGACUGAAUCAUAUGUUGGAAACAAUGCUGUUCUAAAAUAUUUUGAAACUCACAAUAGAAAAACAUGGAAUUAUGAACAUUUUUUAAAUGAAUUAAAAGAAAUAAUCAUCAAUUCACCACCAUAUACUGAAGACUGGAGCGGUUUAGAUGGUAGAUGGUAUAAUAGGUAUAUUUAUCAUGCCAAGGGUAAAGAUAAUAAACGUCAGCAAAUGAAAUCAUUUUUUCAAGAUAUUAUUCUUGAACGUGAAAAGAGAAAUGCCGGGAAAAAUUAUAUAAUAGAAGGCGUCAAAGUUCUUAAUGAAGCAAGGUUCUCCAGUUCCGAUGAAAUUGUUUCCAUUAUAAAUAAACAGCAUCUCCAAAUCGAAAAAGUAAAUAAUGAACCACCAUGA